CACACCUCCGCUCCCCCAGUGUUGUGCUGCCCUACCAGUGAUUCGCUCCUGAACGGCGCUUGGCUCCCGAGAAUCCUUCGUUUUGCUGGCACGCCCAAGGCACAGCAGCGGCCUUUGGGGGCCAUGGGUUCCUGCUGCGGCCUCGCAUUUGGUUCUCAUGCCUCCCCCGGGGACCAGUCAUGAAAGCCAGAGACACCGCCUUGUCGUGUCCGGUGGCAACCUGAACAAACAGGACCUAAAGCAAGCAUAACUCACCCCCGUUUUGCCAAAGGCGAUGGGCUUUUGCGCCUCCAAUACUUAGAAGUUAGGUCAGUCUCCAACAGACCCAACCAGCAAAUGCGGCAUGGAUCCGAAACCGGUAACGCCCGCCAUCGGGCCGGACACGGACCGCCGUGUCUCGUUCGAAGCCAUCGUAUGGGCCCUGGUAGGGCUCUCUAGCGCCUUUAUGGCCCUGCGGAUCUGGGCAAGGACGUACAGUCGCAUCCUGGGCACCGACGAUCUGUACAUGGCCGCCUGCUGGCUGACGUUCGUCGCCCUGGGUGUCGUGGCCGCCCUGAUCGGCGAGUCCGGUGGCACGCGGCACUUUGCCUACCUAACUCUAGCCGAGAAGGAGUACCAGAUCAAGCUACAAAUUGUGCUGCAGGCGAUUGCCAUCCCGUGCACGGCCUUUGGCAAGAUCGCCGUCGCCUUCACCAUCCUGCGCAUCAUCAAGCAGUCGUCGGUCAAGUGGCACGUGUGGUCGCUGUGGGCGCUCAUCGUGUUGACGGCCGUAACCUCGGCUCUCGACGUGUUCCUGGUGCUGUUCCACUGCGGCGACCCGAACAACCUCUGGGACCUGGUCGGCCAGGCGAGCGGUAGCCUAUCGUGUCUCGACAAGGCCGCCGUGUACAACUACAACACCUUCACGGCCGCCUUCCAGGCAUUUGCCGACUUCUACCUCGCCCUGCUGCCCGUGCACAUCAUCUGGGGGCUACAGAUGCGCCUGGGCCGCAAGCUCGCGCUGAUGGCGCUGCUCGGGCUCACCACUGUCACAGGCGUCGCGGCGUCGGUCAAAACCUGGCUCGCGAGCAAGAGCCUCGGCGUCGCCGCCGACGUCACCUGGGACAUGUACGUGCUGGCCGUGUUGACGUCGGUCGAGAUCACGCUCAUCGUCAUCUGCGGCUCCGUGCCCGCGCUGGGGCCGCUAUGGGACCGCUUCGUGCGCCGCCGGAAGCGCCACGGCCACGGCUACCGCUCCACCGCAUCCUACACCGUCUCCGACUACAACUACUCGUCGGCCAGGCCCGACUUCCACCCGGGCUCGAAGCAGUCCUCCCACAUCGCCGUCUCCACCACGACCGCAGAGGCGGGAAAUUCGGAGGACGGGGAUCCAAGGGACGUUGAGCUGGCCAGCCUGACGGAGAUGCAUGCGCGGGGGGCUCUGUGAUUAGCCCCGGUGCGCAUGGCCCUUGUUAAUUGUAUAUGUGGAUGUAUGCAAAGUUAUGGCGGUACAUAACGUAGAUAUGCCCAGACGCCCACGGCGAACAAAAUGAUAAUACCAAAUAAA